AUGGAACAAUCGCUAGAAGAAGAUCGACGUAGGGAGGAGGAGGAAGCCGCGGCGCGUCAAAAGCGAACCCGGAAAUACAUCCAUCGUGACAGGGAGCAAGCCGCCGCAAGGUUGGUACGCGAUUACUUCUCUAACAACCCGAGAUGGGAUGAUACCUACUUCCGUCGCCGUUUCCGUAUGUCACGCCCGCUAUUUUUGCAUAUCGCAAAUACAUUGGCGGCCCGGGAAGAGUACUUCCAAGAAGGUUUCGACGCUACUGGCCGUCCCAGUCACACGACGCUCCAGAAAUGUACUGCAGCAAUCCGUCAGCUUGCUACUGGACAAACGGCGGAUUUGUUCGACGAAUACCUACACGUCGGAGAAACCACUGGGAGACUUUGUUUGAUGAACUUCUGCAAAGGCGUCCGGGCAGCCUUCACCGACGAAUUUCUGAAGAAGCUAAACACCGCGGAUUGUCAGUUUCUGCUUCAACUUCACGAACAAGCACACGGGUUUCCCGGGAUGCUCGGGAGCGUCGAUUGCAUGCAUUGGCGGAAGAAUUGCCCAACGGCGUUGAGAGGGUCAUACACGAGCCGCCACAAAGGCACCCACCCCACCGUUAUACUCGAGGCCGUCGCCGACUACCGGCUAUGGAUUUGGCAUGCGUAUUUCGGGAUCCACGGCUCGAACAACGACAUCAACGUGCUCAACCACUCCGACCUCUUCACCAAAGUUCUGAAUGGUAAAGCGCCGGCCAUCAACUUCGUCGCUAACAACCGCCAGUAUAAAAUGGGCCAUACUCGGCCCGAUGAUGAUUCGUCGAUGGUUGUGCCGGUCUGGGAAUCAGAGUCUGCUACUGGCAUAAUCUUGAGCCGAGUAGCUUCUCGUUUCACUAGACUGUAUGCGGCCUUGGCUGAGGGCAACGGGACUUCCUUGAGGAUGUCCCUUCGGAUUCUGUCAUACCUCAAAUUCAGUCGGUGA